UCUUUCCAUCUUUUCCUUUGGUAAGGGAACUCUGGUUCUUAUAUUUUGCUUUGAUUUUGGGCAGAUCAUUCUCUCUUUUUUGCAUGCAAACCACCAAUUGAAUCAAGGAUUCACUGAAGAAAUUUGCUGCUUUUUAUUUAAAUUGUUGAUAAAAGAAAGCAAAAGUUAUCAUGCAGAAGCUUGAUAGUAGUAUGAUGGACUUUGAAGAGAGACUAGAGAUUGAUGAUUUUGAAAGCGAAGUUAUGGAGAGGAUUUACAGUAAACCGCUUUUGAUUAAGAGAGUGAACACCACAUCCCAGAUCGCUAUUGUGGGUGCUAAUGUUUGCCCCGUUGAGAGCCUUGAUUAUGAGGUUCCAGAAAAUGAAUUAGUGAAUGAGGAUUGGCGGUCAAGGAGGACGGUUCAAAUAGUUCAGUAUAUUCUGCUUAAGUGGGCCUUUGCACUUAUUAUAGGGCUAAGCACUGGCUUAGUUGGCAUCUUUAACAAUAUAGCAGUUGAGAAUAUUGCUGGAUUCAAGCUGCUGCUCACCACAGAACUCAUGCUGAAGCACAAAUAUUUCAAGGCUUUUGCAGCAUAUGCUGGCUGUAAUUUAGGUCUGGCAACAUCAGCUGCAGCUCUUUGUGCUUUUAUUGCUCCAGCAGCGGCGGGUUCUGGUAUUCCCGAAGUGAAAGCGUACCUGAAUGGUGUGGAUGCUUAUUCCAUAUUGGCUCCAAGUACUCUUUUUGUAAAGAUUUUUGGUUCAAUUUUUGGGGUGGCUGCUGGAUUUGUUGUUGGCAAAGAAGGGCCUAUGGUUCACACAGGUUCUUGCAUAGCUUCUUUGAUUGGGCAAGGAGGUUCCCGUAAAUACCAUUUGACUUGGAGAUGGCUUAGAUAUUUCAAAAAUGAUCGUGACAGGAGAGACUUAAUAACCUGUGGAGCUGCUGCUGGUGUGGCUGCUGCCUUUCGUGCUCCUGUUGGUGGUGUCCUCUUUGCUCUUGAAGAGGCAGCUUCAUGGUGGAGGAGUGCUCUUCUUUGGAGAACCUUUUUCACAACAGCUGUAGUUGCUAUAGUUUUGAGAGGUUUCAUACAAUUGUGCUCUACUGGAACUUGUGGGUUGUUUGGGCAAGGAGGACUGAUUAUGUAUGAUAUCAGUGCUGCCAAAGUUGUAUAUAGCACUCCAGAUAUACUGGCUGUGAUACUUCUAGGGGUCAUUGGAGGAAUCCUUGGAAGCCUAUAUAACUAUCUUGUGGAUAAGGUCCUUCGCACCUACAGCAUCAUCAAUGAAAGAGGAGCUGCUGUUAAGAUCUUACUUGUUAUUAUGAUCUCCCUGUUAACAUCAAUCUGUUCUUACGGCUUGCCGUGGUUGGCUACAUGCAUCCCCUGCCCCGCCGAUGCAUCUACAAGUUGCCCCAACACUGAUGUAUCUGGCAACUACAAGAGCUUCCAGUGUCCACCUGGUCAUUACAAUGACCUGGCUUCACUGUUUCUAAACACUAAUGAUGAUGCUAUUCGCAACCUAUUGAGUACCAAUACAGUGAAAGAAUUUCAUAUCUCCUCUCUUUUCAUCUUCUUUGUUGCUGUUUACUGCCUUGGCAUUAUCACUUAUGGCAUAGCUAUCCCCUCUGGGCUCUUCAUCCCUGUCAUAUUGGCUGGAUCUUGCUAUGGCCGCCUUGUUGGUAGACUAUUUGAACCAAUCUCUAAACUUGAUGUUGGGCUCUUUUCUCUCCUUGGUGCAGCUUCAUUUCUUGGUGGCACUAUGAGAAUGACAGUUUCCCUAUGUGUUAUACUGCUUGAGCUCACUAAUGAUUUAUUGAUGCUUCCCCUUGUAAUGUUGGUUCUCCUUAUCUCAAAAACCAUGGGUGAUAUGUUCAACAAGGGUGUGUACGACCAAAUAGUAAAACUAAAAGGAUUGCCGUACAUGGAGGCUCAUCCAGAACCUUACAUGAAACAUUUAAUAGCUCGGGAUGUUGUUACUGGUCCUUUGAUCACCUUUUCUGGUGUUGAAAAGGUGGGAAACAUUCUACAUGCAUUGAAAAAUACAGGACAUAAUGGGUUCCCUGUGAUUGAUGAACCACCAUUUUCAGAUGCACCUGAAUUGUGCGGCCUUGUUCUAAGAUCUAAGUUGCUUGUUUUGCUUAAGGGAAAGGCUUUUUCAAAGGACAGGGUACUCGCGGGCAACAAGGUUUUACGUAAAAUUUCUGAACUAGACUUUGCCAAGGCUGGGUCAGGAAAGGGACUCAAACUAGAGGACCUAGACAUUCAAGAGGAGGAGUGGGACAUGUAUGUUGAUCUCCAUCCUAUCGCCAAUACAUCACCAUACACCGUUGUUGAGACCAUGUCACUCGCCAAAGCUGCAGUUCUCUUCCGUGAACUUGGUCUUCGCCACAUGUGUGUUGUACCAAAGAGUCAGGGGAGACCUCCAAUUGUCGGAAUCUUGACAAGGCAUGACUUCCAGCCAGAGCAUAUUCUAGGACUGUACCCUCACAUCAGGUUCCAACAGUGAUGAUUCUAAUGAGUUUGUAUUGGUGGAUUAAUGUUUUAUGGUAAGUUGAAGAUGGAUGUUUGGCGUCCUUGCUGGAAAUGAAAUCCAAACAUUGUUGGAAGCAUAGUAUUUAGGAAGAGGGCUUAUAUCAUCUCAAGGCAAACAUUUUUGAAGCAAAACAUCAUAAGCAUUCAGCCUUCCCUCAAAUAUAAACAGUCGGUUUUCUUUUCCUCAUGUUAGAGUGCAUGCAAAGUUGUUGUUGGUAGCAAUUGAACAUAAUUGCCAUGGAAUUUGUUGUUGGCGUAAUAGGAGGCUUUACAUUUUACAAUGAACAUGGUGAUGAUGAUUUUGUUUUCAUUGUUGCCUUUUUCUUUUUCAUAAAAAGUAAAAAAUCUUCAUAUUAAUUA